UAAAAGUCAACUCGUUGGUCCAAAGAAAAAAACUAAAAGACUAAAGACCAAACCACAACAUCUCCGAAACGAAAAAUCGUUAGACCGUGGUUGUUCCCGUGAUCUCCCACGUAUUUCAAUUAUUUGAUGCCGCGUUGAUUUGUCUGCACUGCCUUCGUUUGUGAUCAUCAAGGUCACGUCCCACGUUUUAAGUAGAAAAGUCCAACCGACCCUUCCUUCCACACCUCACAUCUUUCUGAUCUUUUCGCUGGGCUGAGUUGGACUAACAGAAGACAAGGGCUUCUUAUCAAUCUUUGGGAAUCAUGCGCGUCUUCGUUCUUCUGGGUCUUCUUUCCGUAGUCUCUUCAUCUUCCGCUGGCACCAGUCGACCAGCGAAACGGACAUACGACACUCACGAUUACUAUGUUAUUGAGCAUAUUUCUUCUGGGAGACACUCUAUAGAGGAAUGCGCUCGCGCUUUGGGAGUGGAUCUUGUGGAACAAGUUGGAGAACUCAAGAAUCACUGGCUUGUCCGCACUGAGCGGGAGGUUUCGAUAUCUAAACGAACAGAUAGCGUUCUGCAGCGAUACAAGCAGUUGCGGCUAGAAUCCAAGCGUACAUCUUCGUCAGAUAAUUUGAACCCUCGUUCUGUGCAGCAUGUUGACGGCGUAGCCCACUCUAUCCGCUCAUUCGAGAAGCAAAUUCUUCGGCAGCGCACCAAGAAACGCGCGCCGAUAACGAUACCUGAUCUUCCCCCAACGCGGGUCCCGAUCUCAGAUGCAUUCCCACAAAAGCCCGGCAUCGAAGCUGGUAGCGACGACGCACGGCCACUGCCCAACAAGGCUGAUGAGAUUGCAUCAAAACUUGGUAUCCGGGAUCCCAUCUUUCACGAUCAGUGGCAUCUUGUCAACAAUCGAUUUCCCUCGUUUGAUCUUAAUGUUACUGGACUUUGGGCGCAGGGUAUCACCGGUAAAGGUGUUUACACCGCCGUAGUUGACGACGGUCUGGAUGCGAACAGUGAUGAUCUUGCUGCUAACUUUAACAAAGAAGGCUCAUGGGACUUCAAUGACCACACUCGCCUCCCCCUUCCUCGACUCCCAGACGACCAACAUGGAACACGGUGUUGUGGAGAAAUAGCGGCUGUUAAGAAUGAUGUAUGUGGGGUGGGCGUCGCCUACGAAUCAAAGAUUGCUGGCUUGCGUAUUCUCUCUGGGCCCAUCUCCGACGCAGACGAAGCCAUUUCACUCAACUAUGGAUUCAACCAAACAGCAAUAUAUUCCUGUUCAUGGGGACCACCCGAUGACGGACGCUCUAUGGAGGCUCCGAGCUAUCUCAUAAAGAAGGCAAUCUUAACCGGGAUUCAGAAUGGACGUGGUGGAAAAGGGAGCAUAUUUGUAUUUGCGAGCGGGAAUGGUGCAGCUUCAAUGGAUCAGUGCAACUUCGACGGGUAUACAAAUUCGAUUUAUUCGGUGACAGUGGCAGCUGUAGAUCAAAUGGGCAAACAUCCAUACUAUUCGGAAUCGUGUGCUGCGAACUUGAUCGUGGCAUAUAGUUCUGGUGGGGGGAACCGUAUUUUCACAACGGAUGUUGGUAAAAACAGGUGUACGAGCUCCCAUGGUGGAACUUCGGCUGCGGCACCUCUUGCUACUGGCGUACUUGCCCUCGCUCUCCAAGUCCGUCCUGAUUUGACCUGGCGUGACAUCCAAUAUGUCACUCUCAUGAGCGCUUUGCGGAUCAAUCCUAAUGAUCCUGAUUGGGAAAAGACUGCUUCGGGUCGAUACUACAGCUAUAAGUAUGGCUAUGGUGCGCUCGACGCUUGGACUCUCGUCGAACUUGCCAAAACGUGGGAACUGGUCAAACCCCAAACAUGGUUGGAACUCCCUGAGAUCGACAUGGAAGGGGCUGAGGUCUUAUCUACUGGGAAAUUGCGUGGCGGGAAACCAAUUCCUCCUGCGGGCCUGCAAUCCUCGACCCUUGUAACGAGUGAACAGCUGAAACAGAGUAACUUUGAGAGAUUAGAACAUGUGACGGUUAAAGUUUGGAUUAGCCAUACGAAGAGAGGAGAUGUUGAGGUUUGGAUCGUUAGUCCGAGUGGGAUAAAGAGCGUUCUUGCGGCGCCCAGACGCUUCGACAUGUCUCCGUCGGGCUUUGUUGGGUGGCAAUUUAUGUCAGUUAAGCACUGGGGAGAAGAUCCCAGAGGCACUUGGACAAUCCACGUUAAGGACCAAGGCCAUGAGGACAGCACAGGCAGCUUUUUGGGCUGGAGCAUGACUUUGUGGGGCGAAUGCAUCGAUCCUUCGAAGGCCAAGCUGUAUGAACUCCCUGCUCCACCACCUGAUCCUCAUGAGGGUCACGCGGACGACGAUGCAUUCCACAAUACUACCCUUACUCACACAUCUACCACCUCAAGCACUUCCACUACCAAAGUGCGUCCUAAACCCACUGCAAACCUGCCUGGUGAUCAUGACAUCGCCGAUGGUGAAAACACUAAGCCCGCUUUCCACACUGGUGAGAAAACAACAUCUCCCUCCACACCAACCGCGACGUCAACUACUUCACCAUCAUCGUCCAUUUCACCAUCUGUCACGCCCGAUGAGGGUAUCUUCUCCCAUAUGAGCAAUCUCCUUUCAAGCAAUACGUGGCUUUUUGGCGCCAUCGGUACCGUUCUACUCUUCGCUGUUGGUGCAGGUAUCUUCUUCUACCGCCGAAGCGUGCGCAGAAGAAGAGCAGCUGGCGAGUAUUCUGUAGUGAGCGGCGACGAUGAUCAUGCAAUGGGAACACUAGACGGGUCGGGUCGGCGCACGCGAAGUGGAUCGAAUAAGGGCAGAAAGGGGCGGACGAAAGAGUUGUAUGAUGCGUUUGCGGAACGUGGAGAUGAAGAUUCCGAUGAAGAUGCUGAUGAGGAGGAUGAACUGGUACGUAGGGCUGCAAGUCCCGUUUCUCCGAGGUUGAGGUAUCAUGAUGGGUUCUUGGAUGAUGAGAUGGGAGAGGAAUCGCCUGUUCAUGGGGGAGGACGAUAUCGGGAUGAUGUCUCCGGUGGGAACGAGAAAAUUGUUGCUGUUGAAGAGAAUCGGAGUGGUAGUGGGACCGAGGAUGGAACUGGGAGUUGGGAGCAUGCUUCUGCUGAUGCCCCAAGAUAAAGAUUGAUUAGAGAUCAUUCUUCAUUUUCUCCUUGUACAUGUUGCAUUACAGUACACUUUGUUUUGAAUUUAUGUAAUAUGAUAAGCACUUUAUCUACACAUAAGCGACGCCGUGGUUUCCCGCAGCCUGUUUUAUCCUCGAGACAUUAUACCGCGAUCCGAGUAAACUCCUCGCGCUAUUAGAGCCCUAAUCACAAAUAUGGGUGCAGGAAGUAGUGCCGCUGGUCCCUCUCGAAUCAUCAAACUGCCAGAUGGACUGGACGACGUCAGUGAUUCCGAGAUAGGAUCUGGUUCUUCCACAUCUAUCGACUCAGAAAAUCCAACAGAAGAUGAAAAAGCCAAGAAUAAGUUCACUGUUG